UGUCCAAGCAUUCGAAUAUCCAUCAAUCUUUCCAAUUUCCAGUUAAGAAAUUAUUAAAAAAAAUGUUGAAUCUUGAGCUCUCAACUUCUCUGCUCCUUUGUAUUGUUCCUUUCGUCUUCUUCCUCGUCUUCAACUUCACCAAAUCCAGUAAAAUCCCAAGAGCUUACCCUCUAAUCGGUUCUUAUUUCUCCCUGUUGAAGAACAAGGACCGCCGGCUUCAAUGGAUCACCGACGUGAUUAAGAGCACUCCCAAUCUCACCUUCACCCUCCACCGCCCUCUGGGUUUCCGCGUAGUGUUCACCGCGAAUCCUUUAAAUGUGCAGCACAUCCUCAAGACGCGCUUUCCUAUCUACCGGAAAGGGGAUCUCUCGAGGAGCAUUUUGGGUGAUUUUCUCGGCGACGGGAUCUUUAACACCGACGGCGAGAGCUGGAAGUUCCAGAGACAAGUCGCCAGCCACGAGUUUAACACUAGAUCUCUCAGGAAGUUCGUGGAGACCGUGGUUGAUACAGAGCUCUCCGACCGGUUGAUUCCGAUUCUUGAUUCUGCUGCUAAGAACAAAACGGUUCUUGAUUUCCAGGAUAUUCUUCAGAGAUUCGCUUUUGAUAAUAUCUGCAGGAUUGCUUUCGGGUAUGAUCCCGGGUAUCUGUUACCCAAUCUCCCGGAAGCUAAAUUCGCGGUUGCUUUUGAAGAAGCGGUUAUGAUCAGUAGCCAAAGAUUCAGUGCUGUUAACCCUCUGAUCUGGAAAUUGAAACGUUUGUUUAACGUUGGAUCGGAGAGGAAGCUCCGGGCUGCUGUUGACGAGGUUAGAGAAUUUGCCAGAAAGAUUGUGAGAGAGAAGAAGCAGGAGCUGGAGGAGAAGUCAACGCUGGAAUCCGUUGACUUACUGUCAAGAUUCUUGAGCUCCGGCCACUCCGAGGAAAACUUCGUGAUGGAAAUCGUGAUAAGCUUUAUACUGGCCGGUCGGGACACGACGUCGGCCGCGCUGACGUGGUUUUUCUGGUUGGUUUUCCGACACCCCGAAAUCGAAAAUGAAAUUUUAAAAGAGGUAAGGUCAAAAUCAGAAUCAACAGUAUAUGAUGAAGUGAAAAACAUGGUUUACACUCACGCCGCGCUUUCUGAAACCAUGAGGCUUUACCCACCGGUCCCCAUAGAUUCAAAAGCGGCCAUUGAGGAUGAUGUUUUGCCGGACGGGACCGUCGUGAAGAAGGGAUGGAGGGUAGCUUAUCACCCUUACGCGAUGGGGAGGGUGGAGGACAUCUGGGGGAAGGACUGGGCGGAGUUCCGCCCCGAGCGGUGGCUAGAAAGGGACGGUGCCAGUGAUUCUGGGAAUUGGAACUUUGUGGGAAGGGACUCGUAUGUUUAUCCGGUGUUUCAAGCAGGGCCGAGGAUUUGUCUGGGGAAAGAAAUGGCUUUCCUACAAAUGAAGAGGGUGGUGGCUGGUGUUUUAAGGCAGUUCAAGGUGGUGCCUGUGGCUGCUGAGAACGGUGUCGAACCAGACUUCAUAAUGUAUCUAACUUCAAAAAUGAAGGGUGGUUUUCCGGUGACGAUUGAGGAAAGGUCAAGUUCUAUAUAGACUUACCUUGUAACGAUAUGGACUUAAUCGAUUCUUUCAUGAUAUAGAUGGUAAGAUAUAAACUUAUAAAUUAAG